UCUAAAUGUAAUAUCAGUCUUGCAUCAUUCUCUCAGUGACAGUGAGCAUGGGAUUCAUAAUCGGAACUCGUCGCCGGAACACUUUUUCCCUUCACAAAAUAUUACUCCUCUUCUCCGCUACUCUCUUAACCGGUUUCAGUACUCUUUUACUCAACCACCUCAGCUCCGUCGAUCCUCCCACCCAAAUUCUUCUUCCGCUCAAAUCCCGGUCUGAUCCGGUCCAAGUACACCCAAUACCUCAUGACCAUCUUCUUCCAAGUUCAAGUUCGUCGUCGUCGGAGAUUCGGUCUUCUCCUUCAUGCGCGACCGUCGAACAAAUGGGGGAGGAGGCCACUCCUGUUGCUACUGAAAAUCUCAGAAUUCGAAGAUUGAUUAGAGACCACUUUUCAUUGCACGGAGCUUCUAGAGUCCGAAGGUUACCUCCCGAGAAAUUUUGCAGACAAGGUUUUGUGAUGGGCAAAGCAUCACAGGCGGGUUUUGGGAAUGAAAUGUACAGGAUACUGACUGCUGCAGGAUUGAGUGUCAUGUUAAACCGUUCACUGAUCAUCGGGCAAACCAGGGGCAAGUUUCCAUUUGAGGAUUAUGUUUCUUAUUCCAACCUUUCCUUUACUUUGAAAGAAGUGAAGCAUUUAUGGAGAAAGAAUGAUUGUCUGGGGAAGUACAGGAAGUGUCUGGUUAUGAGGAUUGAUGAUUUUAAUAAGCCUGAAGAAACAAAUGUACUUUGCCGUAAUUGGAGAAAAUGGAAGCAGCCAAUCAUAUGGUUUCAAGGUACAACAGAUGCUGUGGCAGCUCAGUUUUUCUUGAAAAAUAUACAUCCUCAGAUGAGGAGUGCUGCUUCUUCCUUAUUUGGAAAUACGGAGUUGCUUCAGUCUAGACCCAAUGUCUUCGGAGAGCUUAUGAGAGUAAUCAUAUCUCCUUCAAGAAGUAUUGAAGAAGCUCUGAGUUGGGCUCUUGAUGGAGGUCCUGAUCCUCAUCUUGCUCUGCACAUGCGCAUGCUAAUGAACAGACCUGUUAGAGCAGUAACUGCAGCAAUGAAUUGCAUUAAGAAGGCCAUACUUACAACAUGCCCAAAUGUGUUGAGACCUCGUGUGGUUGUGAUCUCAGAUACACCAUCAUUUGUCAAGGAUAUUUUGCCAAAAUUGCAGGAAUUUGCUGAGGUUCUUCAUUUUGAUUACAAGUUAUACAAGGGUAAUAUAUCUGGUGAAAGAGCAGUUGCAGUGCAGCAGUUAGGUUUUAGAGUGAAGGACUGGGGACCGUCGCCAAGGUGGGUUGCAUUCGUGGACUUCUUUCUUGCUUCACGUGCUAAACACGCUGUCAUUUCCGGGGCCCAUAGACGUAUUGGAACCACUUAUGCACAGCUUAUUGCAGCUUUAGCAGCAGCUCACCAACUUGGUGAGAACAAUACAGUAGCUUCGAACUUUUCGUUCUUCAGCAGCUUUCAGAGUAAUCUGCUGUCACAAGGGCUGCGGCACCAAGUUGGUUGGGGACAUGCCUGGAACAGAUUUGCAGGCCCUUUGAGUUGUCAUAACCAACCAAAUCAGUGUGCUCUCACGCCCCUUCUCCCCCCUGGUUGGUGGGACGGAACUUUGCAAUCGCCGAUUGCACGGGACAUACGCAGAUUGGACGCAUAUGGAGUCAAACUCAAUGGUUUUGGUACCGUAGACGAGACCCAUCUUCACUCUUCUUGUAAGUCCAGGAAACAUGUUGUAAAAACCAUACCAAUUAUUUAUAAAUGAAUUUGAUGGACUUGCACUUA